AUGCUCGAUGCCCGUGGUAGAGAUUCAUGUUAUCCAGUGGCACAGCGCCCUACCGGUCGAGAUUCCCUUGACCGUUCACGGGAGCUGAUGUAUUGGAAGAGCAGCAAAGAGAGAAUCAGUCUCGGGGGCCUUGGAUCCGGCCACCGCCCCACCCAUGCUGCGAAACCUGCCUCCUGCAGCACUCUGACUGGUUUGAUGAGAAUGAGAUUAUCCCUUUGCCUGUCCUUUCUCCCUCUCUGCUGUAACUCUCUUCAUUUCGAGAGAUCAUAUUCGACGAUGAAGGUUGUUCCUUACUGGGAACGGACUGGCAAGUUCAAUGUUACAGCGGACCCUGCCAUCUUCUCAUUCAGCCCUUUUGAUGUUACUAUAGAUAGGCAGCCGAAGCUCCCGGAGCUGCGUCACAACGUCACUAUCAACUGA